AGACACAUUAGAAGCAAGACUGCUCCACUGAGGGAGUGAGUGAGUGAGUGAGACGCACCGAGAUCAAGAGAGGCAGACGGUAGACAGAGGGACAUGUGAUAGGGAGUACUCUGCAGGAAGUAGGUGAAAAGUGACAUUUGUACUUUGCAUGGGAGGCAGAGAAUCAAACAACAACCUGUGGAGAUGGGAAGUACAACCCCCCCAGGAUACCUCAAUGUGAGUGCAGAGAUGAUCAACUCCUCCUUAGAUGCAGCUGUGAGCGAGGAGGGCUAUAGCGAGGCAACAAUGAUCCUGCUGGGCAUGAUCAUGUCGUUACUCGUCUUGUGCAUCGUCUUCGGAAACAUCCUGGUCAUAACGGCGAUCGCCCGUUUCCAGCGUCUCCAAAAUGUCACCAACUGUUUCAUCACCUCUCUGGCCUGUGCUGACCUGGUCAUGGGUCUCAUUGUGAUUCCUUUUGGUGCCUGUUACAUCAUCUUUAAGACUUGGCACUUUGGUAGCUUCUGGUGCGAGUUCUGGACUGCAACUGAUGUGCUCUGUGUGACCGCGAGUAUCGAGACCCUUUGUGUUAUAGCUAUAGAUCGAUAUCUGGCUAUUACAUCCCCAUUCAGAUACCAGUCCAUGCUGACCAAGUGCAGGGCUCGUAUCGUGGUGGUUCUGGUGUGGGUGAUUGCUGCCUUGAUAUCUUUCCUGCCCAUACACAUGAAGUGGUGGAUAUCUGAUGACAAGGAAGCCAAGGACUGCAUUGCAGACAGUAACUGUUGUGAGUUUUACACCAACAUGGCAUACGCGAUCACCUCCUCCAUUGUCUCCUUCUACAUCCCUUUAGUCAUCAUGGUUUUUGUCUACAGCCGUGUUUUCCAGGAGGCCAAACGCCAGCUGAAGAAGAUAGACCAAAGUGUUGGGCGUUUCCACAACAGUGACAACAGCAACCUUAAAUCUAUGGAGGCCAACAACGGGCGCGUCCACAAGAAGCCAAAGUUUUGCCUGCGGGAACACAAAGCCCUAAAGACGCUGGGCAUCAUCAUGGGGAUCUUCACUUUGUGCUGGCUUCCCUUCUUUCUGCUUAAUGUGCUGGUGGCCAUAUGGAAGGAGCUGCACAAUGACCUCACCUUCAGGAUACUCAACUGGAUAGGUUAUGCAAACUCAGCCUUCAACCCGCUCAUAUACUGCCGGAGUCCUGAGUUCAGAUACGCCUUCAAGGAAAUCCUCUGCUUGAAGAGGAACCGCCUCAGUAACUCCGGGCCUGUGAAUGGUUACAUAUACAGCAGGCACAGCUGGCAGAGCGAGCAGCAGGGGAGGAGUAAGGGCAGCUCGGAGGACAGUGACGCCAAUGAAGGGUGUCUGGGGAAGGGGGCGGGGGUCUGCAGUGUUGCGGACAGAUCAGUAGACCCAAAUGGGAAUUGCAGCAAAGGCAUAUCGACUGUGACGACUGCCCUUUAAAACUUGGAGGCCUGAGACUUGGGUGACCCAGUCAUGUUUACACUGCUAUCAAAAACUGUUUCCAACUGACUAAUGACAGCAAAACCAGUCCACCUGACUGGUGAAGUCUCCAGAGACUGCCUUGGAGAAACUGAACUGACCAUGCUCAGCUGAGGAAAGUAUCUCUCUUCCUCCUUUAACAGAGAGAGUAAAUACUGUAGGUAGAUCACUUUUCCAUUUGUUGCAUUUACAUUGAAUUCCCAUCUACCUCAUCAUGUCUAUUUUUUAUUUGCUUUGCUGGUUUCUUAACAAGUUCACAUUAACUCACUGGCCACAGGGUAGUAUCUCCGCUGUUUAUUAACUAAGUGGUGUGUGCAUUUUAGUACUGCUAAUCUUCUGGCUCCUGUUGAAUCCUUUUUAGAAUUCUUGGCAAAAUAUCUCACAACUAGCUGGAAAUCUUUUGAAUUCAAAUGAUGUUGGAGGCUGUACAGUAAAUUCCAUUCAUGCACGCCAAGUCAGUAUGCAUAGCGAGUUCUUCAGAAAAUAAGGAGGUCCAAUUUAAUCGCCUUUUUGGUGCUUUGUUCAAAGUCAUACAUUCCAAAUCAACCAAAGCUUUAAUUUUGCUUCAUUUCAUUUCCCCUUUCCGUGACGGAUUGCCUCAGUGUUAAAUAUGAUUUACAACGUAUUCUGCAGAACCUGUCUCUCCUCUUCACUUCUCUCUCUCUCUCUUUCUCUCCCUCUCUCCCUGCCUGUCUGUCUCCUUGCUGCUCAGAAAUGCUGUGAGGCCCCUCUCCCUGCUCAGGGUUUUUACAGCCUGUUGCAGGGAGUUUCUGGUGCCAGCAGACAGCACCAGAGAUAUGACAUUAUCUUCAUCUCACUGGUACAAACUGAGAAACGCCUGAGGCCAUCAUAUGUAAGUCAUAAGAUACAGCUGGCAAGCUUUUUUUUACACAUAGUGUUUGCCAGAAUCUUUUAUCAGCCCUGAAGGUGUUUAACAUAUUUAAGUGCCAAGCAGAUGGCUUUAUUGAUACUGGGCUUAAACUUUGGCAUUGACUAUUUAAAGCUUCUUGCUGUUAUAUGAUGACACUCAGAUGCACAUUUUUUUUCUAUCGCACAGCCUACCAUUCAUAUCAUUCAGUGUAUUUGGUCAUAAGUGCAUCAUGUAAAACAUUAUUAGGUACUUUGUUAAGAAAUUCUUUAAGUGUAAGGCUUAGUUUUUCUUGCCCCCAGUAGCAGUGGCAUCAGUUGUUACACAAGCCCUGUUUAUUUAUCGUGUUUGGUUGCUGUGUUUCAGUGUUUACUGAAACCAGAGAAGCUGUUUCCUUAGUCAUGGCGCAAGGGUACAAACCACCCACAACAAUAAACAGGGGCGUUGUUAUAACCGAGUGAUAACAAAGUUCCAGAAUCGGAAGGUGUCAGUGGCGACUUCUCAGGCCAAUAAACUGAGAUGAGAAGCUGAUCCUCAGUGCUGCACCUUUGUUGCUGCGUCCUGACACUUCCCAGAGCCUCCUCACAGUAAACGGAUGUAUGUAUCUUUAUGAAAUCAGUCCAAGUCUCCUCACUGUAAACCAACGUCUGUAUCUUUAUGAAAUCAGUCUAACAUUGGGAUCAGAAAGAAGUCCACUUAGCAGGGCCUCUGCCAUAUCACUGUUUUUUCAGUCAUUUUCAGAUGCCUUUUUUUGAUGUCGCUUGGUGUGUAGCCCCAGGAAAUUCACAUACCCAUUUGAACCAGACCCAAUAAACAGGAAUAAAUUCAUUAUCUCCACCGUUCAGCUGCAGAAUCAGAUAACUCCCUCCUAAGAACAACAUUGAAAUGGAUUAGUAGAUUACAAAGUAUAAAGCUCCAAAUCUGCAGGUCGUGAUGAGGUCUAAUGGGCCAACCUGAAUGACACUCUAUGAGGGAAGUCAUCUUUUGAGUUGCGCAAGCGUUAAUGGACAUUUAGCUCUUAGCAUGCAGGGCUUGAAACGGAAAUUUCACCCACUUUUAUUACACUGAAUGGCUUGCAAGAUCAUUAGGCCAAAUAUGAGCAAUAAAGGUGUUCUUGCAGAUGUAUCCCCCUUACCCCAGACGGUUUGGCGUUCUCUAGUAUGUUCCAAUCAAAGUGACAGCUUGCUAAAUAUGGCUACUGAAGGUAGAAGGAGGGGGGGUCUGUACCAGUCUAAAUCGGUGUUAGUGACCUGUGUUUAGUGCACGUAGCUUUGCCUCUGGAGUGAGCUCAGCUGACUCUGUCAAAACUGUGAACUUUGUUCCCUCAGAGGAACAUCUAUGUACUGUAUCUGUAUCUGUAGGUUUGCUUAGCACUGUUGUCAAAAGGCCUUAGAAGUAGACGUAACCACAGUGUCAUCUUACGUCAAUGUUUGCCACGUGAAAAACAAGCUCUCCACUUUGUUGAUCUUUUUCUGUUUUUCCUUUUCAUGGAUUUACAGCAGAGUAAAUGCAGGGGUUGAAUGUCAUUGCAACUUUUCUUCAGGGGGAUUUUUUAAUUCAGCAUUUUCACUGUACACCAAACACAAAGCACAAGAUGCGAGACCAAGAUUUUGACAGAAGACUAUCCAAGCAUUAACAUUGAAGUAUGACUCAGAGCUGGAUCAAAAAGGGUCACAAUAUCAUGUCAUUUAUAGAAGCACUUCACAGGUUAAUGUUUGCAUGUCUGAUAUGUAUUUUUGAUGUUGUGUUUGUGGACUGUCAUGCCUUUUCCUUUAAAAGUGAUCUCUUUAUGUCAAAGUGGAGCAGGUUGUGAGCUUUACAUCCACACUGCUCCCCGUUUGCAGUGGCCUCUCCUUGCACCUCAGCUCUCUCAGUUAAGAACAGUUUUAUGAUACACCUUUAAAGUAUGAUAUUCAUGCCUUCACCUCACCAGGCUAUAGGGAGCAACCCUGUUAUGUGCAAUGAGUCCUAAAUGUUUAACUGACACGACCACAUUCCAAGCUCAGCCUAUGGUUUGGGACCAUAUAUCAUGUCUGCUGAUGCAUUAAAUGAACAUUCAGUUCCCAAACUGAAGUUAGCCCAAGGUUACACAUUUAAUCCCUAGACAUAGUUAUAGAAAAUCUGCUGACAUGAAAGUGUGUUUCAAAGUGAAUUCUGGGUUACAGCAUAGCAUAUAAGAAUUAUAUGUCAUUUGUUAAUGUUAAUGCUAUCACUAUCAUUAUUGCUAAUAUUGAUUAAGUCCCCAUUUUGUACUUAAAGUAGCACUGUAGAGCACUUUCAUGACAUGUGUGUACAAUUUUGAACACUGAAAUCCAUGUCUGAGUUGAUGGACUAUAGAAAAUGUGCAGCUUGAUAGUUUUUCCUCUUUAUUUAUACCAUUGCAUUUUUGCAGGAGUUCUUUUUCCUGUUUGCAAAAAAAAAUAAACAAAGAGUGGCAAGAAACAAGAAUCUCAGCACUGAUGUUGUUGAAGGUUCUGUCCAAUUGAUGCAUGUGAAUGUAAUUUUCUUCUGAAGCUAAAUGUUGCUCUAGGACUCGUGAAAAUUAAAGAGGUGGUAUUGUUCUUUUUUCCUAUUUAAAAAAAGAAAUUAAGCUAAAAUGUUGGAUGUCAGUUCUAAAUGUGGGCAAAGUUUCAAAUUUUGACUUCAACAAUUGAUGAUUCUCCUUGUAGGCAGAAUUCGUCAUUUUAAAAAAGAGAAACACAACUUUCUGUCAUGGCAACAGUGAAGGAGGCUUCCAGAAUGCUAGGUUCUGAAAAGAGACUGCACCUGAAAUGAAGCGUUUCAGACAAAGGCUGAAAUAAACCUGAGAUAUGUAAUGAAUAUUUUGAGCUGCAAAUCAUGUAAAGCUAUAACAAAGCUAUCAGAGGGAUAAUAUAAAGACUAAAAAAUGAGCGUAAUACCCCUCUUUAAAUCUACUCAUGAAGCUUUUUCCAUGGCCAGAAUAAAAAAAACCUCAGCUGAAUGUUUACUUAAUGUUUGCCAGCUAUUUUUCCCACAACUUUUUUGUCACUGUUAAGGUAAUGCCUGUUAUAAAAUGUGGUGUCUUAUGGUAUUUAUGAAAAACAAGCAAGUGAAUGUGCUGUAAGAUUUGUACUGAAAUAAAUUGUCACAUGUAAUGUCCUCAA